AUGGCAGAGAAAGUUCACCACGACCAUCGUGAGCCUUCUUUGAGUUCUGACGAUCCUACGACCGCUCAUUACGACAAUGAGAAGCACAUCAACGACCAACCGCACAUCGCUGGCGUGCACCAAGAUUCAAGUCUCGUUGCGAGCAAAGCGGAAGAAGAUGCUGUGUUUCGCAAGCUCGAUUGGCAUUUGUUGCCCUUUGUCUUCAUCCUAUAUAGUCUGUCAGUCCUAGACAGAUCGAAUCUCGGCAAUGCACGGCUCGCUGGCUUGGAGGAACGGAUCAACCUGACGGGAUGGCGGUACAACUGGCUGGGGACAAUUUUCUACAUUGCCUACAUCCUCUUCCAAUGGCUACUCAUGGGCUGGAAAAGAUUCCCGGCGCACAUAUACUGCGCGAUCGCGGUCUUCGGCUGGGGCGUCAUCGCGACUGUCCAGGCCGGCGUCACGGGCUGGGGAUCUCUCAUGGCUUGCCGCUUCCUCCUCGGUAUAUUUGAAGCGAUGUUUGGACCAGGCGUGCCGCUAUAUUUGAGCUUCUUCUAUCCCAGGGACAAGGUUGGCUUCCGACACGGCGUCUUCAUCUCAGGAGCCGCGAUGGCAAACGCUUACGGAGGUGCGCUGGCUUAUGGAAUCUCCCAGAUCAAAUCCUCUCACAUCGAACCCUGGCAGAUCCUCUUCAUCAUUGAAGGUCUCCCAACCUGCUGCAUUGCCUUCGUAGCCUUUUACGUCCUCCCAGACUCCCUGUCCAAGGCCAAAUUUCUGUCGGAUCGCGAGAAGCAAAUCGCCGCCGCGGCCAUCGCGCGCAACCAGGUCGCUGAUCCAGACCGGGCUACGGGCUUCCAGUACAAACACGUGCUCGCUGCCCUCAAGGAUCCCAAGUCGUACAUCCCUGGAGUGAUGUACUUUUCCUGCAACGUCAGCUUCGCGAGCUUACCGCUGUUUGUGCCGACUAUCAUUAGCCAGAUGGGAGCUUUCACGAAGAUUCAGAGCAAUGGGCUCAGCGCGCCGCCUUAUGUGUUGUGCUUCUUCAUGAUUUUGUUGUUGACGUGGCUGUCGGAUCGCUUCAACAAGCGCGCGCCAUUCAUCAUCUUUGCAAGCUUGGUCGCUGCGAUCGGGUUUAUUAUGCAAGCGACUUGCACAGGAGUGGUGCCGCGUUAUGUUGGCGUUUUCCUGAGCGUGCAGGUGUUCUGCUGUGUGGCGCUGACGUUGGCAUGGGUGAGCAAUAUUCAUAGCACGGAGAGCAAGCGCGCAGGUGGGAUGACUGUGUUGGCGACGUUGGGGCAGUUUGGCCCGCUUUUGGGGACGAAUGUCUUCCCUGCCUCCGAGAAGCCAUUCUACCGCAAGGGCAUGUGGAUUUCAGCGGCAUUCUGUCUGCUCAUUACGUUCUGCAGCGCGCUUUUGGCCACUAUUCUCAUCUUCCAGAACCGCAAAAUGGAGAAGAGUGGCGUUAUUCCGCGCAAGGGAGAAGCUCAAGAUGGGCUGCGGGACAGAGGGGCUGAUGGUGUUCCCAAGUAUCGAUACAUCUGGUAG